UAAACGACUGUUUGGGAGGAACAGACAAAGGCGCCUGUCUAACCAAUACCACCACUACGCUUGACUUUUGUUCUUUAUUCGCAACCUCUAUCGCGUCUGCACAACAUGGGUCGACUCGCGGAGAUGCAAAGGAAGCUCUUGGAGCAAAUGAUGGGUCCAGAGGCAAUGGGUGUUGCGAAUGCCAACCUAGUCUGGUCCGACGAGAAAGUUUGCAGGAACUUCCUCUGUGGUACAUGUCCGCACACGCUAUUCACCAAUACUAAAAUGGACCUUGGUGCUUGCCCUAAGUCGCACACUGAAAGACUCAAGACAGAGUUCCUCGAGGCGCGAGAAAAGGACCCCAACAACCCUAUAUUUCACAAGUUCCAGAUGGAAUACGAAGCCAACAUCUUUGCAUUCGUUGACGAGUGUGAUCGCAGGAUUCGCUCAGCGCAUAGGAGGCUAGAGAAGACACCUGAGGAGAAUGCGAAGACAACGAACUUGAUGAGGGAAAUCGCCGAAAUCGAGCUUGCCAUCCAAGGUGGCACUGAGAAGAUUGAGACGCUUGGUGAGCAAGGAAAGGUGGAUGAGUCAAUGAGAGAGAUGGCGGCUAUCGAGGCGUUGAAGAGCGAGAAGGCGGAUAAGGAGCGUGAGUUGCAACAACUCACAGAUACCUCAGGUGCCUCGGGGCAUCAGAAGCUUCGUGUUUGCGACGUCUGUGGCGCAUAUCUCUCAGUGCUCGACUCCGAUCGACGACUCGCAGACCACUUCGGUGGUAAGAUGCAUCUGGGUUAUCACGAGCUGCGUAAUAUGCUUUCCAAAUUCAAGGAGGAGCGUGAUAAGCGCAAGAUGGGCCCUCCAUCGACUGUACCGUCGACUGCACCAGCAGGUGCUGGAGGCGGUAUACCUGCCCCAGGUGGACCUCCUCCCAGAGGUGGUGAACGCGACUUCCGAGACCGCGACAGAGGUUAUGAUCGUCAUUCGGCUCGUUAUGAUGAUCGACGAAGAGACCGGGAUCGUUCACGCUCUCCACGUGGGCGGCGAUACUAGCCUGCCUGAGUCCUUUCAUUAUACCGCACUGUAAUGUAAUCUUUCUCUGGUGUUCUUUUUGCUCUAGUCUUUGUACUGUAGUGUUGCCGCGCACUGUUGGUUCGCGAUUCGACCUGUGUAUGGUGUACUGUCCAAGUCAUCCUCAACUGGGCCAUCAGUAUUUACUAUGUACGCCAUCUUUCCUUCGUUAAUGAGAAGAGACCCUUCUUGAUCACCUG